GUACUUUCUCUCUCUAAAGUUGUAUACAUAUCACCCUGAUAGAGAGCAACCAAAACUUCUACUUUUAAACCAUUAAAACUUAGCUUCACCUUACUGAUUCUCUCUCUGAUCUCUGUGUUUUCUUCCUUGAGAGCUUCUUAGAUAGAGAGAGAAGCUGUGACUUUUUAAGUAUUUAUAUAUAGCAAAAAGAAUGGCUACAGCAGAAGAAGUUUCGGCUUUAGAACUCAUCAGAAAACACCUUCUGGGAGAGUUCUUUCCGGCUGAUAGCAUCGUUACUGGGAUUAGUGAUUGUAGUUCAUGCACGUUCGCCGGUGAAACUUGCACCGGUGCCGUGCAACCUGAGGUUUCGAGCUAUCAAUCCGAAGCAAAAAGCUGUGACUCUGACAUCAGUAUCUCCGACUAUAUCUGCUCCAACGAAGUCGACACCACCGAUCUCUUCGAUAUCUUCUCUGAUUCCAUCGACUUUGAGCAAAUUGAGAGCAAUUUCUUCGAGUUUGAACCACAACCUCAAAUAAUCGACCUCAUCACACCAAAAACAUCAAUUUCAAGCUCUAUUGUUAUAGAUUUCGAGAAAAAUCAGUCUGAUUUCUUCCAAUUUGAAUCUGAACCACAAAUAAUCGAUCUCGAAACACUAGAAUCUCUCAGUUCGAGCUCUCAAUCGAGUUCUCAUAGUGACAGAAAGCCGGCAUUGAAGAUUGAUUUGCCUCCGGUGACGAAAUUCGAGUGGCUCGAGUUCACCGGGUCUACUCAGCCAAUGCCCUUGGUGCAAAAAACUUGCAAUGAGGAGGAGAAAAGACAUUACAGAGGGGUCCGACGACGGCCGUGGGGGAAGUAUGCGGCGGAGAUCCGAGAUCCGAAACGUCGCGGGUCUAGGGUUUGGCUAGGGACCUUCGACACCGCCAUUGAAGCUGCGAAGGCUUAUGAUAGAGCGGCAUUCAAGAUACGAGGAAGCAAAGCAACUCUGAAUUUCCCUCUGGAGGCGGGGAAGUUAAAGUGUGACUCACACGCCGCCGUGGCCGGUGGCCGGAAAAGAAGUGGAGAGGUGGAGGAGGGAACCCAGGUGACAAUCGCGAAGAAAGAGAGACUGCCGGAAUGUGAAGUGGAGGCUAAGAGUGAGAUUGAUUGGCCGUUAACACUUUGGGAUCAAAACGACAACGAGAUAUUUAACGUCCCUCCGUCGUCGCCGUUAUCUCCUCACCCAUCUUGGGCUUGUCCUCAGCUUAUGGCUAUAUGA